GUACAAAUGCGCCCAAAAUUUCUUCCGGCACAAUCUCUUCUACACGUCAACGCCGUCAGUGCCGUACCGCAACUCAGCGAUCGACGACCUCGUGACCUACUUCUUCAACGACGGACCGCGAGAUUUCCCGAUGACCUUGGAGGUGGCAAUCGGAGCCGGCAAGGACCCGCUUCAGUUUGACGACGUGAAGCGCAUCACCCCUGAGGAGAUGGAGUUCGCCUACCUGCGCGCCAUCAAGAUGUCGAUCGAUCGUGAUGACCCCCCUGAAGUACUUGCGCGCUGGGCCAAGAGUCUGCGGUCUGUCUCCUACCACUACAAAGUGAUCGACACCGAAGAGACCAUAUCCUGGGCGGCGCUCCGCUACCGAGAGACGCUGGAGCAGAACUUCAGGACCAUGCAGUACACGGUGUACCAGAAAAUCAUGAACGUCAUCUUCGUGGGGAAGAGCCAGCAGAGGAUCAAGGGGCACCUCAGCUCGGCCCAGCUGGAGAAGCUGUACACUGAGAAUGUUGGCUCCGCUUCCGAUAGCGAGCUGGUAGUCGGCAACGUGGUUGGAUCGGCCUCAAAGGCAGUGAGCAAGGACUUCAUCGACACGGCAAACACCUUCCACGAGAGGGUACUUAGCAUCCAGUCCUUGGCAAAACGGUGGCCCAUCAUGGAUAAUGACAAGAAGAACCCAGUGAACGGGAUUACCAAAAUCCAGGCUGUCAUUUCUAAGGCGUCGAGUCGAGAGAACAUCGAGUGGUGCUUCCAUGCGAUCUGGGACUGUCAUAUGGCCGGCAAUCUACCAGAUGGCGUUGGGCUGCGGACCCUCAAAGGCAACGCCAAUAAAGCUGGAGGCAAAGCCAAAGGCCUGGUUGACGUCCUAGUGUUCAAGCUUGCCGUGAAGAAGGAGCUGUUUGUCUACGCGGACACCAACUUCAAGUGGAAGACUGGCAUCCUGGACUCGAUGGCACAGGCGUGCGCGACUCACGAGAGCUUCCGCGAGAAGGUCGGCUUCCCCAGGGGUGGUCUGCAUGGUGUCGUGCCCGAUCAAUCGUGGCGCGCAGGCUGGCCCGGGUCUGCUGAUGAAUUCUUCGACGCGGUGGAGGCCGUCAUUUUCACCACCGACUACGACGAGAUUUUGACGCAGCACUGCAAGAACAGGAAGACCGCGCAAGAGGCCAUCCACACGACAGGGAUCAGCGAGCUGAUGGACGCCGUGAAUGAGAAGUUCUGCGAGGAGAGGGACAAGCUGAAGGGGCGCGAGAAGGCAGCCGCGAGCUCCGGAGGGGGCAGCGCCAGCGCGGCACCUGUCGCCGACGGCGAUGGCCAGCCCCACGGCGACGGCGACGGUCUCCCUGCUCCUGACGAUGAUGACGUGGACGGGCACAUGCCGACCCCAGAGAAUCUCAGCGAAGAGAGCUUCAUGAAGGUCCAGCGUUUCCGCCUCCACGCCAAGCGCCACGUCUCCACCUACGGGUCCUUGGUUGUUGAGCCCAACAGCGAGGCCCAGCUCACUUCGUUGAUCGCCAACAGCCUCGCAGGCAAGGCGCAUGGCGUGGUCGAGUUCGAUGAUCAGAAUGGCCGUGUUACCAGAACCAACAGAUCGUAUGUGCAUAUCACAUAUGACCCGAAGACGGCUGGGAGGGCGGACAGCACUCCGCAUUUGCGAACACCUCCACUGCGCAACAAUGGAGCCCACGCCAUCAAGCUCAUCGGCGCGGCGCUGAGGGCGAGGGGCAAUGGCAAGGAGGAGAUCGCCGAAGGAGACUUGUACGUGAUCUACGACGGCAUGAAGCACGGCAACGAGACAUCAUUGACCGACAAGCCGUUCCGCACAGUGGAGAACAAGUUGAUGUUGAAGAGCAUGCGCACGAUCAAGUGCAUGUACAGCGAGAAGAGCCUCCGCGAGCGCCUCCGGAGGGACAGGCACGCGAACGUCCAGCAGGUGGAACACUUGUACCUGAUCUCCAAGGACACGAUGAGCGUCGAGCAGCGGGACCACAAGUUCUACGAGGGGACGAACCUCGGGGAGCUGCUGGGCUACGUCCAGGCGGUGCCGUGGGGCGACAGCAAGCGCACUCUGCGCGUGGAGCCUGCGAUG